GUGACUUUCCUGCAUAUGAUAUGCUUUCUGGGUGGAGUACGGCUGGGAUAAUGAGUUGCCCUAUAUGCAUGGAGAAUACGAGUGCCUUUUAUCUAAAGUAUAGUAGGAAGCCAUGUCACUUUGAUUGUCAUAGGAAGUUCUUGCCUCUUAAUCACUUUUAUCGAAGGGAUAACACGUCUUUUUUAAAAGACAAGAUAGAGAGAAGUGCACCACCACCUCGUCUGAAUGGAAGAGAACUUUGGGCACGUGUCAGAUCCAUUCCAUCGGCAAUAGAAGAGCCCAAUGAAAAACCAAGUGGCUAUGGAGUAGGGCAUAAAUGGACUAAACAAAGCAUUUUUUGGGAGCUUCCAUAUUGGAAAAACUUACUUAUUAGGCACAACUUGGAUUUGAUGCAUACCGAGAAGAACGUUUUUGAUAAUAUUUUUAAUACUUUGAUGGGUGUAAAGGGUAAAACAAAAGAUGGUUUGAUGUCAAGAAAAGAUGUUGCUUUGUAUUGUAGUCGUCCUGGAAUAGAGGUUCAAAGUGAUUCUGUGGGGCCUAUAAAUAAAGCCGUGUACAAAGUUACCCAUACGCAAGCCCAAUGCAUUUUGGAGUAGAUUACGUCCCUACAAUUUCCAGAUGGAUACAUGUCAAACUUAAAAAGAUGUGUGAACUUUGACGAGUCACGCUUAAUGCAUAUGAAGAGUCAUGAUUGUCAUGUGUUCAUGCAAAGGCUUAUACCUAUAGCAUUCAGAGAGAUGCUUCCGACUCAUGUUUGGGGUUGCCUUACCGAGAUUAGCAUGUUAUUCCAGACACUAUGUUCAGUUGUUCUUGAUAUCACAACUAUACAAGAUCUUGAAAGGACUGUACCUAUACUUAUGUGCAAUAUGGAAAAGAUUUUUCCUCCUGCAUUUUUCGAUCAUAUGGAACACCUCAUUAUUCACUUGCCAUAUGAAGCCAUGGUUGCUGGUACAGCACAAUACAGAUGGAUGUACGUUUUUGAAAGAUUCCUUCGAGAGCUGAAGAAAAAGGUGAAAAAUAAAGCACAUGUCGAAGCAUCUAUUUGUCGGGC